GGCGGCUUCAGAGUUCAGCCACGAAUGCCGGAUGCCUGAGUCCUCAGGCAUAAAGCAAAAUCCUUCGGCUGACUAUUUCUGCCAAACAUGCACAUCACGUGUGUAAUGUCACGUGACAUAACAGAGCCUGCGGCGAGAGCUCCGGAAGCUUUGCGGCCUCAGAAUCCCAUCAAUAACAAUUCUACUGCCAAUUACCUGGACAUCUCAAAACACUUUCCCCCUAAUUUCAUCUAAUUUAUCUCCUAUAUAACACAAUGGAAGGUCUCAAUGCCUCGGAACAACGCGAGUUCGCCUCUCGCAUGGAGAGAAAGCAGCUGAAGGAGUUCAUGACCAUGUACUCCAAGCUCGUCCAGCGCUGCUUCGAUGACUGCGUCAACGACUUCACCACCAAGUCUCUCAUCAACCGUGAGGAGGGCUGUGUUAUGCGUUGUGUUGACAAGUACCUGAAGGGCUCCGCUCGCCUGAACGAGCGUUUCCAGGAACAAAACGCCGCCAUGAUGCAGAACGCCCAGGCCAACCGGUAAAUUCGGUUCGAGUGAAGGCUUCUUUUCCAGUUCUGGUUCUAUGCAGGUCGCGUUAUUCAAAUGAGGUUGGCAUACCUUGGGGUAUUUUUGGUAGAUUGACUCGGUAUUGGGUGUGUCAGGUUUUGGUUUGGAUGGGGAGAGAAGAAAUAACAACUCUGCUCAAGGAGAGGGUAAUUCGAGACAGUAUGCGACUGUUCUCUAUGUAACAUAGUGAUUUGGACGUGGAUGGUAGCCCUUGAUGGGUUUGAUGACUAUCAUGUGUCCAAUCGAAGCAUUGGAGGCGUCUGAGCCUACUUUAAAAGCAGCAUUGCCAUAUAAUUCAGUGUACUCUGUUGUUAUCUCUUCCUUGUAGUCUUCGUAUAUGUUUCGAAGUCUAGUUAUCUGUGUUGAUACUUCAA